ACCUCUGUGACAGUUUGUUAAAAAGUUUGGUGUAUCUUCGCCUCUAUAUGUGUUUUUAUAUUCCGCGUUCAUGUAAAGUCCGCGCGGGAAACCGGAACUCAUCAAGCAGGCGUGUCCAUCAGGAGGUCAAGGGGCGGAGCUACAGAACUGGCCCCAGCCUACAACCACUUGCAGAGAUUGAGGGCACUUCUAGGACCAGAGCACGCCCUGAGUGGCGAGUGAGAUGACACGCCCCCGCUGGAUUGCCUGGGUCAGCCUCCCUCUCUGGUGGCUUCUAUUGACACAUGUGUCCAGACAGACAGUACGAGGGGGUGGUAAGUCAGUAGAGUGUGGUGGGCGAGACUGCAGCACGUGCCAGUGUUUCCCAGCCAAAGGAGCCAGGGGAUUGCCUGGUUCUCUGGGGAGACCGGGUCUUCAGGGGCCUAUAGGAUUUCCAGGCCGGACGGGGCCUCCUGGAGACAAAGGAUUACAGGGAUAUCAAGGGUUUCCUGGGGAAUCUGGACAACAAGGAGAUCAAGGUGAUCCAGGAAGACCUGGCUUCCCUGGACUACAGGGUGUCCCGGGUCAUCCUGGGCCUGGGGGUCUUCCUGGCCUUCCAGGAGUAGACGGGUGUAAAGGAUCGCCGGGUGAACCUGGACCCCCUGGCCUUCCUGGGGAAAGUUGCAGACCUGCACCAAAAGGUUGUCAAGGACCAAAAGGACUGAAAGGAGAUCUUACCUACAAAUAUACAUCCUACCCUGGUCCUCCUGGUAGGGCUGGACUGCCUGGUAAUCCUGGACCAAAGGGAAAUGACGGCGAGCGAGGUCAUAAAGGUUCACCUGGAUUGAAUGGAGAGCCUGGAAUAACAGGUAGAGAUGGUGAUCCUGGUGCUAGAGGGCCUCCAGGAGACACAGGGAAAUCAAUAUUUGGUCUGAAAGGUGAUGAGGGGAUCAUAGGAGAGCAGGGCCCUCCAGGUCCUUAUGAAGUGAUUGAGCCACCAGAAGAUUACUACCAGAAAGGAGACAAGGGGAGAAAAGGAGUUAAAGGACAGUGUGGACCUACUGGUUUUAAAGGAGAAAUUGGACCUCCUGGGGAGAAGGGAGAAAAAGGAAUCCCGGGUUUCCCAGGAAUCAGAGGAGCCCCUGGAUACCCUGGACUACCUGGCAUACAAGGACUUGAGGGUGGACGUGGUAGCGAUGGUCUCCCUGGUCUUAUUGGCAACAAAGGACAAAAGGGAUUCCCAGGAGAUGCUGGACCCCAAGGCGAGACAACAUUUCAUUAUUUAAAUAUAACAGGAUCUGUAGGAGAUCCAGGACCUCCAGGGUUUUUUGGUGAUAAAGGAGACAUGGGAAUGAUGGGCCUGCCUGGCCCUAAAGGGUUUCCAGGAUUAAGCAUAAAAGGUGACAUGGGUUUUGCGGAGAGUAUAGGGAUCCCAGGAGAAAAAGGUAUUAAAGGAGAGCCUGGACGUAGAGCUAACAGCAUCCUAACCUAUGGGGAACCUGGAAAAAUGGGCCCUCCAGGACAGAAAGGAAGUCCAGGUCCUGCUGGAAUCCCUGGGUCCAAAUGCAUCCCUGGCCCUCUAGGAGAGUUUGGAGAGAAAGGAGAGAAGGGCCCUCCAGGAGAGAUUGGCAACAAAGGCCCUAAAGGUUUUGAUGGUAUCUGUGAAUGUCCUCCACCCCCUGAUAUGCCUGGUCCUAAAGGUUUUGCAGGUGACCCUGGUAAUCCUGGUGAUCCAGGCAGGCCUGGGCGUCCUGGUCUGCAGGGUGACUUUGGUCCCACUGGAGACAAGGGCCUGCCAGGACAAUAUGGUGAUAAAGGUUUUCGAGGUCUCAAAGGGAGGAAAGGGGACAAAGGAGACUUAUAUAUAAUGAGCGACAAAGGUGUCAGGGGAGAUCCUGGAGCAAAUGGAGUACCUGGUGAUCCUGGAUUUGAAGGCAGGGUGGGGGAUACUGGUAAACCUGGUGCUCCUGGAGAUACAGGUCCACAGGGUGAUAGUCUUUCUGGCUGCCCUGGUGAUCGAGGGGAUCCGGGUAAUCCUGGUUGUAAGGGCCAGAAAGGUGCACCAGGACCACCAGGCCCAGGAGUUCCUGGAUCAAUUGGUCAACGAGGGCUAAAUGGGGACCCCGGACCCCCAGGACGAAGAGGAAUUGAUGGACCAAAAGGAGUUAAAGGUGAUAUGAGGCCUUGUUCACCUACCAAACCCGGGGACCCUGGACCUAAGGGUGAAAUGGGUGACCAAGGUUUGCCUGGAGAGAAAGGUCUUUCAGGCCUACCUGGGUUUAGAGGCCCACCAGGGUUAAAGGGCCCGGCUGGUACAAAGGGUGACUCAGGAUCUUGUGGCUACAGAGGGCCAACUGGAAAUGUGGGGGACCCAGGAGACCCUGGCCCUGAUGGCUUAAGUUAUGGUGGCCAGCCGGGCAUUCCUGGUCUUGAUGGACCCUUAGGAUUAAAAGGAUCCCCUGGAAACUCAUUUCCUGGAGCUCCAGGGCCAAUGGGUCCUAUUGGAUUUAACGGACUCUCAGGACCUAAAGGAGUCCCUGGACCCUCAGGUUCACCUGGUAGUGAAGGUCCUCCAGGUGAACCGGGAGCUAAAGGAAGAAAAGGAGAGCCUGGACCAAUAGGACAGCUUGGGGGACCGGGGUGUACAGGGCCAAAUCCAAAACAGUGUGACCGUGGACCAGAUGGUCCAGUGGGAGACAGGGGACCCCCUGGCUUCACAGGAACUCCAGGGUACCGUGGUGAGAAAGGAGUGAUGGGUCAGCCUGGCCUUCCAGGAGCAGGGCCCAAAGGUAUGGCAGGAAAUGCUGGUCCUCCUGGUCUUCAGGGAUGUACUGGUCUUCAGGGCCCCCCAGGACCUCCUGGUGAGAGUGGGAUUCCUGCUGGUAGUGGACGAAAGGGUUUACCGGGACUUGAUGGUAAGGAUGGUCAACCUGGUGAACCAGGUCAGAACGGUAGUCCAGGAUCACCUGGCUCAAGCGGUGAGAAAGGGCCGGAUGGGAGGCCCGGUUUUCCAGGUGAACAAGGCAUCAGAGGACAAAAAGGCAUGGAUGGCUUUCCUGGGCCACGAGGACAAACUGAGGUGAUACAGAUCAAAGGGAACCCGGGGCCACCUGGACCCCCAGGAAUGAACGGCUUCACAGGACCCAGAGGUGAAAAAGGUGAAAGGGGAUUACUGGGUUUAAAUGGGAACCAAGGGGGCCCUGGACCUCCUGGAUAUGAGCGUGGCCCUCAGGGGCUACCAGGUGCAUCUGGAAUACCUGGUGAGUCUGGACUGCGUGGGUCAAAAGGACCACUAGGCAUCAUGGGAUUCCCUGGAAUAAGUGGAUUUCCAGGAGACAGGGGGAGCAAAGGUUCACCUGGAGCACCGGGCUUGAAUGGACGUGAAGGACUGAAAGGUGAUAAAGGAUGCUCUGUAAGUAUACCUGGACUUCCCGGUGUGAAUGGCCCAAAAGGAGAUAUAGGCCUCCAAGCUUUUGUAGGAGAUAGAGGAGAAGUGGGGCAAUACGGACCUCCUGGGACUUGCGGAAAGCCGGGCGCAGUUGGACCUGACGGACCACGGGGCUAUCCUGGACCUCAGGGUGUAAUUGGCCCCCCAGGUCCCUGUGGAAAUUAUGGUCCAGAGGGUCCACCAGGACCUCCUGGACGUCUUGGACUGAAAGGAAAUCCAGGGAGAAGUGGACUCAGAGGUCCUCCUGGCCCGCUGGGCCUGAAUGGAUUGGAUGGACUAAGGGGCUUAAAAGGCGCAACUGGGCCACAAGGAAUGGUUACAUCUGGUGAUAGAGGUCCUCAGGGUCUGAGCGGAGAUCAGGGCUGCACUGGAGAUACUGGCCCAUCUGGUCUAUCACAGCCAGGGAACAAGGGUGCAAAGGGAAUGCCUGGGAACAGAGGGGAUCCUGGUCCUAGUGGUCCUCCUGGUUUUGCUGGUGAAGACUGUAGGGACCCUAAACUAGGACAGAUGGGUGAAUCUGGCUAUGCUGGUUUAGAUGGCCCACAAGGAGCUCCAGGGCCCGUAGGAGCUCCAGGGCUACCUAUACCUAUAAGUGGAGAUCCUGGUGAACCUGGAGCUAAAGGGUUUCCUGGAUUCAGAGGACAGAAAGGUACUCCUGGACUCCCUGGACUUCCAGGCAUUCAAGGCUAUAAUGGAAAUAAAGGUGAAAAAGGAGACAUGGGAGUCCUGGGGGAACCCGGCCCCCCUGGGUUACCAGGAUCAUGUUGCCAUAGUGGGCCUAAUGGACUGAAGGGAAAGCAGGGAGAUCCAGGUCCUCCUGGGGAACCAGGGAUUGUAAUUUAUGAGAAAGCAGCCCCAUCGCGAGGGCCACUUGGACCUCCUGGUACAUGUGGACCACCUGGCCCUCAAGGACCCGCAGGAACUGAUGGUAGAACAGGCCCAAAAGGGCUUAAAGGAGAGCCUGGAGAAAAAGGGUUGUCAGGUCUAAUGGGAUCAGAAGGUUCACAGGGAUAUCCUGGAGAUGAAGGGCUGAAAGGCGAGAGAGGACCUCCAGGACAAGCUGGCCCCCCAGGCCCUCAAGGAGACCCUGGUCCCUCACAGAGCUGUAACUCUGGCUUCCUGGUUGCCUUUCACAGCCAAUCCCAAGUUGUUCCUUCAUGCCCUCUGAACAUGACCGAGGUCUGGCAGGGAUACAGCUUACUGUACCUCGAGGGACAGGAGAAAGCACACACACAGGACCUGGGUCAGGCAGGCUCCUGUAUGCGUAUCUUCAGCACUAUGCCGUUUGCUUACUCUAAUCCGGGAAUUUGCAACUACGCCAGUCGCAACGACAAAUCCUAUUGGCUCUCCACCUCUGUGGCAUUACCCAUGAUGCCUGUGUCUGGGCUGAGCAUCCAACCAUACAUCAGCAGGUGUGUGGUGUGUGAAACUCCGUCACCAGCAUUUGCCAUCCACAGCCAGAGCAAAGAACUUCCUCGCUGUCCUCUGAGCUGGAAGCCCCUCUGGAUUGGAUACUCCUUCCUCAUGCACACCGGGUCCGGCGAUGAGGGUGGUGGCCAGUCUCUCACAUCACCAGGAAGCUGUCUGCCAAAUUUUCGCACUCAUCCCUUCGUGGAGUGCCAGGGAGAGCACGGCACCUGCAACUUUUUCCCAAGCAUUUACAGCUACUGGCUGACGAAUGUGGAACAGCAGGCCAUUAAACCUGUUCCAGAGAAGACUGUCCUUAAAGAAGAACUCGAACAGCGUGACAACACCAGCCGCUGCAUCGUCUGCAUGAGGUAUUAACCACGCCCACUGAGCAAAGACCACUUCCACCUUCCACUGGGCAGAGGAUGCGCAUUUUGUUGGUCACCUGAGUGGGAGCUCUUUAACCCAGCAGGUCACUUUCUGUCACUGAUAAGAGGAAAAAGAUGAAUGAACAGUUUGGGAUUGACGGUUCGCAUUGAAAGAGCAACUGUGAACUCAUCCUUCCUCCCGGCUAUCUCCCACUCGCUGUUCCCUGUGCCUGAGCUGGUCUGUCUGUGUUCUAGCUGCACUGUAUCUUAACCACAAGCUGCAUUUACACUGCAGGUAAAAGUGUCCCAAAUCUGAUUUAAUCUUCAUAUAUGAUUACAGCGUGAACAGCAAAAUACACACAGUCUAACAUCUUAAACUUGGACAAUUUGCACACUAUACAGUACUGUGCAGAAGCCUGAAAUCUACAUUCAGAAUGACUACCUCCUUGUUUCUACACUCACUGUCUUAUCAGCUAUACUGAUCAUAAGGCAGCACUUUAUACAUUACAUGUAGUGCACCUUGUAGUUCUGUAAUUACAGACUGCAGUCCUUUUACCUCUAGAAACUCCCAUCUGCUCCACCUUGUAGAUAAAGUCAAGUCACAGACAGAAGCUCAUAAGACGCUGCACAGUUUGUGUUGGUCAACCUCUAGUUCUUUGUCAGUGCUCUCAGGAAGCUGUUGGUUGGGUAUUUCUGGGUGGUGGUCUAUUCUCAGUCAAGCAGUGGCUCUGAGGUGUUUAAGAACUCUAGCAGCACCGCUGUAUCUGAUCUUCUCGUACCAGCACAACACACACUAACACCUCAUACACCACCACCAUGCUAAUCAGUGCUAAUCACUGCAGUGCUGAGAAUAAAUAACCCACCACCCAAAUAAUAACAGCUGCUCUGUGGUGGUCUCUCCCGUGAGGUGUGCAGUGGUCCUAUGUGGUCAGUGGAGCUGAUUAGAUGGACAGUGAGUUUAAAGACAAGGAAAUUAUCAUUUUAAACCCAUGAAAGCCCAGUAUUUACACUCAUCAUAAUCAAUAUCCUUAAAUAUUAUUUAAGUAAAUCAAAUAAACUGCUGUUGGAAUUGAACAAAUUCAAACACAGGCAACCAAACCUGUGUUUUUCUAACCUACAUAUCAGUUAUUUUACUGACAAGAAUGUGUUAUAUUUUAGUGAUUUUUUUGUGUGUUGUGAAUAUUUUGUUAUAUAACAGCAAAAUCCUCCAAAAGACUUUUGCACAGUACUGUCCCAAUGUUGGUAGACACCUUAUCAUCCAAUGAUUAAUCAACGAUUAAACCCACUACCCCCACAUUCACUUUUUUUUAGAAGGCUGUACACUAAGAUAUUUUGCCACGAAAGUGUUUGUGAGCUUGAGCACUGAUGUUGGACAACAGAAAAAGUGUCUUCAGAUUAGGGCUGUAUGCUUAAUUGUAUUUUAAUGAUAUCACUAUGUGUGACACAUGAUCAUAAAGGAACCAGCUAUGUUAACCCAAUAUUCCAGCAAAAUAAUAACCCUUAAUUACAGCUAUUUAGAGCAUAGCUAUCUAGCAUUUACACACAACACAAAAAGUUACGUGUGCUGUGGGGACACCACAUAGCUAGCCAGUUAGCUAAAUAAUAUAUCCACUGCAUUACAUUUAAAAUGUACACCAAAUUUCACUCUUACCUUUCUGUGGAAGGAAACUCUGUUCUAAAGGUAAGGUUAAACAGAUAUUGUAUUGUAUUGUGAGGAUGUCUGAGAAGACGUUAGCUCAAGAGCUAGUCUACAAGAACUGGAGUAGUGUGUAUAGCCGGUAAACCUCAUGUUCACACCUGACACGUUAACUUUAACAGGGCUUCAGAACUGACCCAUUUCUCUAGGAUAGGAUGUGCUGGUGUUGAUGGUCUGGUACACAGACUUAAAGGUGGAUGUUUUAAAUGUAGCACCUUCAACUACAGACGCAGCUCCUCUUCUUUGGAAGGCAGUAAAAAUUAAAAUGGAGCUCCUCCACACAGGCCACUGCCGCCCCAUAAGUUCUAACAGAAAAAAAAAAAAAAAAAAAAACGAAGCCACUUAUUGUCAUCAU